AUGGCACCAUUUGUACCCUAUCACUCCUCGGCCGGCCAGUCAACUACUGUCAAGUUUGGUGGCCUUCUCACGACUGAAUUCCUCGAGCCCCCAGCAAGCCGUUGCUUUCUCUUCCGCCAGACGUAUCGCCACACCAUUGAGGGUCCCAUCCCAGAAAACCUGCGCAAGCUGAUCAACAGUCCAAACCGACCAAAGGGCCCACCACCUCAUUUCCACCAAUUCCAAACCGAGUAUUUCCGCGUCGAACAUGGGGUGCUCGGAAUUACGGUAGACGGAGUCACCCGCCGCAUCACUCCUGAAGAUGGAGAGAUCUCAGUCAAGGCAGGCAGCGUGCAUAACUUCUUUAUUCAUCCUGAUUCUCCCGAGAGCAUGACGGUGUACCUGAGUGCCUCAGACUCGGGUAAUGACUAUCAGCUUGACCGGGUCUUUUUCGAAAACUGGUAUGGUUACUGGCACGACGCGCUUCUGCACGAUGGAGGACUUGAUUGGAUUCAAUUCCUCGCGAUCCAGGAUGGUGGGGAUGCCUAUACACCUGCUCCUGCUUGGGUACCAUUUCGACGACAGGUUGGAUAUUGGACCUGCGUAGUUGUUGGUCGGUGGAUUGGGGGACUCCUUGGGUAUAAGCCCUUCUUCCGGGAAUAUACCACUGAUUGGGACUUUGCUGUGGCGAAGAUGAAGGGCUCAUUCUUCCAGCGCCAUCUGGUUCACUCUGCUUGGGAGGAAGAAAAGUCAUGGGCUAAGCAGGCUGAUCUGGAACCCAAGGCUAAGCCGAAUAAUGCUGAGUUUGAGCAAUGGACGGAGGAUAUGUCCCCAACUAGCUUGGAAUUGGGCCCAGUGGCAUAUGAUCAGGGUCAAUUCAACGGCAUCAACUCUGGGCUGACAAAUGGCUCCAAUGGUCAUUCCACGGGCAAACAAGAGAAAUUAGAGCAGUUGGGUUCAUGGACUCGGCGACGGACAGAAGUCGAACAUGCGGAUAAGUAG